CAAGCACUUCUCUUAGCUCUCAGUCCCAAAGUCUAAAACAACUACUACUACUGAAUACAACUACUAAGAAUAACUCAAAAGUGUCCGCAAAUAAAGUUACCACAACUAGCCCUCAAACAAUGUCAACCACGACUGGUAAGACCAAUGCAAGUAAGCCAGGUACAGGUACAACUAAAUCCAAAGCUAAGCCGUCCAACAAGCAAAAGAGACAGCGCACCAGGAAAAACAAAUUCAGCAUAGAUUUGAAGAACUUACGGUGUCACCAGGGAACUCACACAUGUAUUGAGUGCCAUUCCAAAAUAAAAGAUUUUUCAAGCCACUUUUCUACAUAUAUAAAUUGUGAUUUUUGCAAGUAUACCACUAACUGUAACAAAGCCUUUACGAAUCAUAUGAGCUCUCACAAUGACCACCCAAGUAAGCAGCUUUGUAUUUUUAAGAAGCAUUCACGAGCUCUCAGGGGCAUCACUCUAGUGUGCCUUAAAUGUGACUUCCUAGCCGAUACUUCUGGCUUAGACCGUAUGGCUAAACACUUAAAUCAACGUAAAACUCAUACUUGCCAAGUUGUAAUAGAGAAUGUUACUGAAAGAACCGGAACUUCUGAAUCCACUUCUGAUGGCCUGCUCAAAUAGAUUCCUGCUCUGUGAAGCUCGUGCAACCUGGUUCAAGACACGUUGGAAUUUCCUAAGUUCAAAGUUCUUCAGGAUUUGCUCUCCCAA